GAGAAGAGACCACUUUACCACUUUUAUACGCUGCACGCAUCCUUCCCCACAGAACACAAGCAACAGAGAGAGAGAGAGCUUGGGGUCCGAAGAAAGAAAGAAAGAAAACCCCAUUGCAAGUUCCUUCUUCUUCUAUCCAUCCCUACGCUCAAUCCCACCAUUAAUGGAUUUCUUCUCAUCCUCUUGCUUUUUGCCGACUCACAAGCAACUUACCCACGAACUAUCCUGAGAUUUCGCUCUUUGACUCUGCCAUCUGCUUCAAGUGUCAGUGUUCUUCACUAUCUCAGAAUUUUCCUAUCCUUUUCUCUGUUCAAAUCCGCUUAAUUUCUAAGCCCAGAUCCUAGAUUUGUAACCCAGACCAAACCCAUUUUCAAAUUACUUUGUGGUUGUGAAGAAAGAUGCUUUCUUGAAAAGCUGGAGUCUCUUGUGGGGUUUGUUUUGUGGUGUGCGAAUCUUUCUGGUUUGGUUUUGUUAGAUGAAGGCCAUGCCCUUGCCUUUUGAGGAGUUUCAAGGGAAGGGGGUGUUUGAGUUUUCUUCUUUUGCUUCUUCAGAUUCGUUUCCUUUGCCUCUUCUGCAUCAUCAGCCACCACCGGGAAAGUGGACCGGCGGCGAGAAAAUUUGCUAUGUGGGCACUGAGCCCACCUCUGUUCUCGACGCCAGAAGAAGCCCAAGCCCUCCGAAUUCCUCCUCAACAAUGGCCUCUCGUGGAAGCAAUAGCGCCGCAAGCAAGGGCGGCGGAGGUGGAGGCGGCGACGGAAGUUGCUCAACGAAUAGCACAACCACCGGCGCCGCCGCGACGGCCUCUGAAAACCCAUCCCAGGCGGCCUUAGACACGUCCACCGCCGAGAAAUGUGCUCUGCCGGUGGAGGAUUGGGAGGCUGUGUUGUCUGAAUCCCCAGGUCAAGAUCAGUCUAUUCUGAGACUAAUCAUGGGCGAUAUUGAAGACCCAUCUUCGGGAUUGAACAAUAUCUUGCAGAGCAGUGGUGCUGGGUCUCAUAUGGUGGAUUUCAAUGGAGGUUUUGGGGUGGUAGAUCAAGGGUUUGAGCUUGAACCUGUAACUUGUGGGAACAUAAUCAGUCAUAGCACUUCAGAACCCAUUUUCUCGGCUUCAGCAACCAAUCCUCUGAUGAUGUCAUCUUCUCCAUUGGUGUUCAAUUCUCAGGCGCAAGUAAGUUCAUCGGUCGAAGACAAGUUAAACCGGAAUCAAGUCCAAUUCUCUGAGAAUCCAUCUUUCUUUAUGCCACUGUCAUACCCACAAUUGCAAGAGCAGCAAGUUUAUUCUCAGCCUCAAGCAAAACGGCUUCUUUGUGACACAAUUGGGCAAGGCUAUCAGGUGCCGAAGGGUGCGGUAUUGGAUUCGGGGCAAGAGCUAUUGGCUAGGAGGCAGCAAUUGCAGCUUCCUAUGAACACUCAACAUGUGCACCAUCAAUGGCAAUCCUUAAUUGAGCCACCAUUGAAACAGCAGAAGGUGAGCUCUGCAGGGGAUGAUUUCGCAACUCAAGAGCUCCAGCAGACUAUAAUUGAAAUGAUUUUCAAGGCUGCGGAGCAUAUCGAAGCCGGUAACCCGGUAAAUGCGCAAGGGAUAUUGGCGCGGCUCAAUCACCAGCUCUCCCCUAUUGGUAAGCCAUUUCAGAGGGCUGCAUUCUAUAUGAAGGAAGCCUUGCAGUUACUGCUGCAUUCAAAUGGGCAAAGCUUAUUGGCUUUCUCGCCCAUCAGUUUCAUAUUCAAAAUUGGAGCUUAUAAGUCAUUCUCUGAUAUAUCUCCAGUCAUUCAGUUUGCUAAUUUUACUUGUAAUCAAGCGCUCAUUGAGGCUGUGGAGAGUUUUGAGAGGAUUCACAUUAUUGAUUUUGAUAUUGGGUUUGGAGUGCAAUUGGCUUCUUUCAUGCAAGAGCUGGCCUUGAGGAAUGGUGGUGCACCUUCCCUGAAAGUUACUGCAAUUGUAUCCCCAUCCACCUGUGAUGAAUUUGAGCUCAAUUUUACCCGAGACCACUUGAAACAAUAUGCCAAAGAAAUCAACAUAUCCUUUGAGCUUAAUGUUAUGAGCAUUGAAUCAUUAAACUCUACUUCCUGGCCCCUUCCUAGUCGAUUCCCCGAUUCAGAAGCAAUUGCUGUGAAUUUGCCUGUUUCUUGUUUCUCAAAUUACCCUCCAUCCUUUCCUGUGGCCCUUCGCUUUGUAAAGCAACUCAUGCCAAAAAUUGUGGUCACCUUGGAUAGAAGCUGCGAUCGAAUCGAUGUCCCAUUCCCCCACAGUUUAAUCCAUGCCCUUCAAUCUUACUCAGCCUUGCUUGAAUCCCUGGAUGCUGUGAACGUGAACCUCGAUGUCCUCCAAAAGAUUGAGAGGCACUUUGUCCAACCGGCCAUCGAGAAGAUCAUACUAGGUCGCCACCAAUGCAGGGGAAAGUUUGCCCCAUGGAGGAGCCUACUUCUCUCAUCUGGGUUCUCUCCCUUCUCAUUCAGUAACUCUACAGAAGCUCAAGCCGAGUGCUUGGUGCAGAGGGCGGCUGUGAGGGGAUUCCAAGUGGAUAGGAAGCAUUCUUCUCUUACCUUAUGCUGGCAGAGGAAGGAACUCAUCUCUAUUUCAACUUGGAGAUGCUGAGCAGUAGCUGAAUCAGUAAUAUGCUUUCAAAGGUGCUUCAUGACUUACUCAUUUAGUUUAUUUUUCUGAGUCCUAUUGUCUGUGGUUGUUCUCAGUGCUACUAAUUGUUCAUGUAAUUUAGGUUCUUAGUUAUGCUAUCAAUCAACUCAACACCUCCAAAUCUUUUGUUAAAUGGAUGGGAUGGCAUUGUACAGUUCCUAUUAUUAUGUAUUUUUCUAGCAUUUUCCACUUUGAAUCCGGGCAUCAUCUAUGCCUUUUCCCACAUCCAUCUCCUGGAUGGUGACUUUUUUAUGUAGUCUUGACCUUAAAGCAAAUUGCUUUGGAAGCAAAGAACUCUGUAUGUUCUAAAAGUUGGACUAUAAAUCAAUGGAGGCACUGAUUUUAUCA